CCGCGCGGAGGGAGCUAUACGGUACUGCCUCACACACUGCGAGGCAUUCGCUUCUCAGACACCGACGCGGUGGUAGCGAUGGCGGACGCUAGGCCUAGCACCGCGACGGCCGAUGAGGAAGCCAAGCCUGACGCGAAGACUCUCCAGGUGCUGCGGGACAUGGCCAAUCGCCUGCGCAUCCACUCCAUCAGGGCCACGUGCGCUUCGAGCUCCGGCCACCCUACAUCCUGCAGCAGUGCUGCUGAGAUCAUGUCCGUGCUGUUUUUCCACACCAUGAGAUAUAAACAGGAGGAUCCGGAGAACACAGACAAUGACCGUUUCAUUCUCUCCAAGAGACUGUCAUUUGUUGAUGUGGCAACUGGAUGGCUUGGGCAAGGACUUGGGGCCGCUUGCGGGAUGGCAUAUACUGGCAAGUACUUUGACAAAGCAAGCUACCGCGUGUUCUGCCUCAUGGGAGAUGGCGAGACCUCUGAAGGCUCCGUCUGGGAGGCAUUGGCUUUUGCUUCCCACUACAAUCUGGACAAUCUUGUGGCCAUCUUCGACGUGAACCGCCUGGGCCACAGUGGUGCCUUGCCCCUUGAGCACUGCAUAGAUGUCUAUCAGAAGCGCUGUGAAGCCUUUGGGUGGAAUACUUACGUGGUGGAUGGCCGUGAUGUGGAGGCACUGUGCCAGGUGUUCUGGCAGGCAAGUCAAGUGAAGAACAAACCCAGUGCUGUAGUUGCCAAGACCUUCAAGGGCCGGGGCAUUCCAAGUGUUGAAGAUGCAGAAAAUUGGCAUGGAAAGCCAAUGCCAAAGGAAAGAGCUGAUGCAAUUAUCAAACUAAUUGAGAGCCAGAUACAGACUAACAAGAAUCUUGAACCAAAACCCCCUAUUGAAGACUCGCCUGAAAUCAGUAUCGUGGAUAUAGAAAUGAGCUCUCCACCUGCUUACAAAGUCGGUGAGCAGAUAGCUACUCGGAAAGCAUGUGGUUUGGCUCUGGCUAAGCUCGGCCAUGCAAAUGAUAGAGUCAUUGUGCUGGAUGGUGACACCAAGAACUCCACCUUCUCAGACAUAUUCAAGAGAGAGCACCCUGAGCAGUUCAUCGAAUGUUUUAUUGCUGAGCAAAACAUGGUGAGCGUGGCACUGGGAUGCGCCACCCGUGGUCGGACCAUUGCUUUUGCUAGCACCUUCGCUGCCUUCUUGACCCGAGCAUUUGAUCAAAUCCGGAUGGGAGCCGUCUCUCAAAUCAACAUCAACCUUAUUGGGUCCCACUGUGGGGUAUCUGUUGGUGAAGAUGGUCCCUCCCAGAUGGCCCUGGAAGAUCUGGCCAUGUUCCGAUCAGUUCCCAACUGCACUAUUUUCUAUCCAAGUGAUGCCGUCUCAACGGAGCAUGCUAUUCUCCUGGCAGCCAAUACCAAGGGGAUGUGCUAUAUUCGGACCACCCGACCGGAAACUGCAGUUAUUUACACCCCACAAGAAAGCUUUGUGAUCGGACAGGCUAAGGUCGUCCGCCACAGUGUCAAUGACAAAGUCACAGUUAUUGGAGCUGGAGUUACUCUGCAUGAAGCCUUAGCAGCUGCCGAAGAUCUUUCCAAGCAAGAUAUUUCCAUCCGUGUCAUCGACCUGUUUACCAUUAAACCCCUGGAUGUUACCACCAUUAUCUCUAAUGCCAAAGCCACAGGUGGCCGUAUUAUCACAGUGGAGGAUCACUACCCACAAGGUGGCAUCGGGGAGGCUGUCUCUGCAGCUGUCUCCAUGGAGCCUGACAUCUUGGUCCAUCAGCUGGCAGUGCCCGGAGUGCCUCAGAGUGGGAAGCCGAGAGAGCUGCUGGAUAUGUAUGGAGUCAGUGCCAGACACAUCAUAGUGGCCGUGAAAUGUAUUUUAAUGAACUAAAAUACAUUAGUUGGCAUUAGACUUAGAAUACUGGCUUCUCUAUCUUACAUUUAUGCUGUUGCCAGACAUAUCAUUUAAAUCUAUACAGUUAUAUUUACUUAAAAAUUUAAGCAAGUUAACUACUUUCCUGUUAAACCAUAACUACAUAUACAAGUGUAACUCUCGUCUUUGACUCAUUAAAGUGUGUGAUAAGAUUACAAAUAAGAGAAUAGCUGACAAAACAACCACAUAAAAGUUUUCUGAUAACAGGUAACUGCGUUAGGGAUCAACAUAGGAUAAGUUUCUUAAAUGUGUAUUGUAAGUAAAGAAAGUGUAUAUUGCACUGUCAACUGCAUCGCUUACGUGUUGUGGCCCUGUAGCACCCUGCCACACACAGCUGUCCUCAACCCAUCCUACCUGCAACUUCCUGGGGACAGUGUGACUGUAGGUGCCCUGGAACCUCCUCUGGCGUUUGCCUUCAUCUCCCCUGGACAGGGCGGAGGCUGUGGAGCAGCAGUGGAAGCUCUCCGGGUGUCCUGUGCUGUGACAAGAGGACACAAACUAGUUCUAGUCUCCACACUGCACUCCUUUGUGAGCGCGCUCAAAUGUCUCAUUUGCCCAGGGACCAAACUGUUCAAUCCUAUUCAUCUGCUAUAAUGGUACUAGUUAAUGUUAAUAAAGCAUUUAAAAAACCCA